AUGUUUGCUUUAAAGAGAUCCAUUCCUCGCACCUUCACCAGAGGCUUCAAGACUUCCACUCCAGCCUUCCUCCAGGCCGGUGACAGUAUCCCAGCCACCGCAGUGUUGGAAGGCUCUCCAGGUAACUCCGUUAACCUUGCGGAUGAAACGGCUGUUGGCAAGUCUGUGAUCAUUGGUGUUCCAGGUGCCUUUUCCCCGGCGUGCUCUGCCUCCCACGUGCCGGGUUUUAUCGCCAAGAUGAACCAGUUUGUCACCAAGGGCUACGAUAAGUUCUUCGUUGUUGCCCAUAACGACGUGUUCGUGAUGAAGGCGUGGGGCGCCUCUUUGGACGCCCCAGACCAGGUCCGCUUCAUUGCUGACCACAAGGGCGAAUUCGGCAAGGCUUCAGACUUGUUGUUCGACGCCUCCAAGUUCUUUGGGAACGAGAGAUACAAGAGAUCCGCCAUCUUGGUUAACAACGGGAAGGUUGUCAAGACCUUUGUGGAGCCAGAUAACGUGAGUGUUGACGUUUCCAGCGCCGAAAAGGUCAUUAAGGAGGCUUAA